AUGUCUUCGAUUAUAUUCCCUGGUAUCCUCUUAGUGAACUAUCUAUUACUCAAAUCCCAUACAUAUGCACAAGGAAUCAGUUAUAUCAAUCUUCAUUUUUAUUAUAAAGAACUGUUUUUCGAUGUCAAAGAAUUCAAAACUCGUGGAUUAUUAAUUUCUAAACAACAUCUCGAAAAUGUCUAUAUUCUAUCUGGUAAUCUAUGGGGGAAAAAUACAUUUAAUAUCUCCAAGGUGACAUAUAAAAGCUCCUUCAAUCUCAUGUGUGAUACGUGUUUAGGCAAAAGUGGACGUAUAAACAUACUUCUGUCUGAUAUACUAGACAAUUGUAUACAAAUAAUUGGUCCGCAAUACGAUCUAUUACAAUAUUUACAAAAAUUCAUGAAUUCAACCAAGACGGCUAUUUUCCAAUGUACAAUCGAAUUCAUAUACGAUGAAACGCCUGAUAAAGAUAGAUUCCACUUAAGUAAAACUGGUUUAUUUGGUAUUAUUUUUCUAACAACAUGUAUUAUUUUGACACUGCUGGUUUGUGUUGGAUGGUUGGUAAUAUCGUAUUACCGUCGACUAGCAUACCGUCGAAUGAAGACUAAACUGCGAAAAGCACUAGCGCAUUCCGUUCAGCAAGCACUUGAGACUUCUCCGGUGAUUAUCUUCGAUUCGAAGAAUAACGACAAUCCAAACCUUGAUACGGAAACUAUAUGUGCAAUUUGUUUAGACACGUUCAGUGAUAACGAAAAACUCCGUCGACUUCAAUGCUCACACUAUUAUCACGUAUCUUGCAUUGACCCAUGGUUAAUACAACAUCAAAGCUGUCCAUUAUGCAGUCAAAGCGUCCUAGACGGUUUAAUUCCAUCGGUAUCCGAGCAAGUGACUACGCGAGAGAAUACACAACAACGUUCACGCAGUUCAUCUGAUUUGGAACAUCAAUGA